UGAGGAAAUUAGGUUAUUGCACAAAAUGUCAGAAGUAGUAAACAGAAGUUGAACAAAGAUAAAAAUGCGUAAUAAGUGUUCGUGACAAUCACGGAUUACUUAUAUAGUGGCGUGGCUAAAGGUCUGACUGGACUCAUGAACCUUGCAGGUCAAGCGGGGGACGAACAGUCCGACCUUUUGUUCGUCAAUUUUAAUCAGGACUGCACAUCUCUAGCUGUAGGAAAGAAGACUGGAUAUAGAUUGUUUUCACUGAGUUCAGUGGAGAAGCUUGACCAGAUAUACGACAGUAAUGCUUGUGAAGAUAUAAGCAUCGUGGAGAGGCUGUUCUCCAGCAGUCUUGUUGCCAUUGUUAGUCUUUCAUCACCACGGAAACUCAAAGUCUGCCAUUUCAAGAAGGGGACAGAAAUAUGCAACUACAGUUACUCCAACUCAAUACUGGCAGUAAAAUUAAACAGACAGAGAUUGGUUGUAUGUCUAGAGGAGAGUUUGUAUAUUCACAACAUCAGAGAUAUGAAAGUUCUACACACUAUACGUGAUACCCCACCUAACCCACAAGGCUUGUGUGCUCUCUCCAUAAACAAUGAUAACUGUUUCCUAGCUUAUCCUGGUAGCAAUCAGAUCGGAGAAGUUCAAAUAUUUGAUACCAUAAACCUGCGUGCUGUAACUAUGAUACCAGCUCAUGAUAACCCUCUAGCAGCCAUAACCUUCAACGCUCAAGGAACAAAAAUAGCAACUGCUUCAGAAAAAGGUACUGUGAUAAGGGUGUUUUCUGUUCCUGAUGGGCAAAAAUUGUUUGAAUUUAGAAGAGGAAUGAAAAGAUGUGUACAUAUAUACUCGCUGGCAUUUAGUACUGACUCUAUAUACCUUUCUGCAUCAAGCAAUACAGAAACUGUACAUAUAUUUAAACUAGAGACUCAGAAAGACAGUAAACCACAAGAGGACCAGUCCAGUUGGAUGAGUUAUGUGAAUACAGCGACUAAGCAGUUUGCUACCUACUUGCCAAGUCCUGUAACUGAUAUGUUCAAUCAGGGCAGAGCUUUUGCUGUCUGUAAACUUCCAAAUCAAGGCCUUAAGAACGUCUGUGCAAUAGCUAAUGUAAGAGAGGCAGAUAGUAUACAGAAAAUCCCGCGUUUGCUGGUAGCAUCACAAGAUGGAUACCUGUACAUAUAUAACUUAGAUCCCAAUGAAGGUGGAGAAUGUACCCUGCUGCGACAACAUGGCUUGGAUGGACGCCUGUGUGAUGGAAGUAAUGUGUCCGAGCCUCCUUCUGGAGGAACCGACAGACCUCUAACACAAGCAUCAAACCCUGUGAGCUACGCAGGUUCAUUAAAGCGUGCAGAGUCAAGUGGAGAUGGUACACCACCUAGACACACCGCAGAUUCUCAGCCAUUCCAGGAGUUUGAGCAAGGGGCCACGGGACAAGAUCUAGGGACUGGAGCGGGGCUGAAUGCACUACGACUGGAUGAUGACAAUGAAUUUCCUCCCAUGACCCAUAAGGUUGAUUGACAGCAGUACUCCUGUCGUCUAGUCAGCAGAAUGUUUAUGAUGUGUAUUACAGUUAGCACCAGCAGUACUUCGUGUUUAAGGGAUGUUUAGGGAUUCUCCAGCAUACACACACUAUGGCAAAUGGCAUUUACAUACUUUGAGUACAGAUGUACUGAAGAUGUUUUAAUGAUAUAUAGAAACACAAGGCUAUAUUGUAUCUUUAAUAUCAAAGGAUAGUCCCUUUUUGCUUAAUCUGUGUGGAUAUUUAUGAUCAUUUUUUUCUGGUUUCUUUCUGAAUGGGGAUGAGAUUUCUCUAUGGUUUAUGGGUUGCUAGUCAUUGAUUACAUCUUGCACAUUAAAACCUUUAACAAAUUACUUUAACCAAACUUUAAAACUGCCUUAAAUGUGUCAUUUUUUAUUCAUUGUACUCGUAUUAAUUUAAGCAUAGCAUGUAUUCAUGAAGUCAUAUAUAUGCCAGUAAUUUGUAUGUUUUAUAAUUACAUGUAGUUGGUGAAAGCUCUAUAAUUCCUUGAUGUAGAGGAAAAAAUUAGAGCAGGUUUUCUUACAUUAUAAAUUGUCUAAGAAGUAGGAGAAAUGGUCUGGAAUUGGCUCAAAGGAAAGAAAUUAGGAGGUUUGACCCAUUCUCAGUAUGUUAGAUCUACAUAUGACUUUGCAAAUGUGUGGCUCUGAGGCUGUGUUUGUGGUGUUCUGUGCUUCUGAGAAAUCUACCCUUACCUAUUAUCUUUUGGGAGAUUCAAGUGGGGGUGGGGGGUCAUUUUUGUUGGGAGCAAGUGUUGCUUUUUAAUAAGAUUAACAAAAUUAAUGUUGCUUUGUUUUUGCAAAGUCAAACAUGUUUCAUUCUAUUUGAAAAAUUGUAGUAGGUACAUGUAUUUGUUCUUGUUUGAAAUGUUCAAGUUUCUCUUUUUGCUUGAUACUUUGAACACUUACUGUAAAAGCUUUGUGUGUUUUACACGUUAUGUAAUUAUUACAGAUUAUUUGUGGAAUUUUUAUCCAGUUGAAUAUUUGUUCAUUUUGUCCAAAACACAUGAGUUAAUUAUGAGCCCUGUCUAAUAUAUAACAAGCAAUAUUGUAACAUAUAUUUAUACUAUCUAUAUGUGUGAUAUAGUGUAAGAAUGUAACAUACUCAUAUAUCAAUGGUGCUUGUGUUUGCAAAUCUUCAUCAGCCUGAUGUUGCUUCCAUGGUGACAUUCUCAUGUACACACUCAUUUAAUGCUGCAUCGUGGGACUGGUUUUGUUGAUUUCCUGUGGUUUCAAGGGCUGAGCAUCUCAUGUCAUCAGAACUGUUAAAACUCAUAGUCGUCAUUGUCUUUGAAAUAUCUAAAAACAUAGGUCAGGAUGAUAGAUGUUCUUGUGUGAGAAGUACUAGUGUAAUUAGCCUUCAGUCUAACACAUGUUUAAAUAGAAAAUUUAUAGAACUAAUUAAUUUUUAUUUUGUGUUUUGUUUACUUUUGCUGAAAGAUAGGUGAUAAUUUCUUGGUUUAUUACCUCAAGGGCCCUGAAAUCUUAGAAUGGUCUUCCAUCAUGUUUAUUACCUUGGGACCUUGAAAUCUUGAGAUUGGUUUCCAACUCUUGAGAUUCAGGUUUAUUACCUUGACCCCUGAAAUCUGAGACUGGUUCCAAGCUUCAAGUUUAUUACCUUGGGGCCCUUAAAUCUGAGACUGGUGUCCAAGCUUCAAGUUUAAAUUAUACCUUGGGGCCCUUAAAUCUGAGACUGGUUUCCAAACUUCAGGUUUAUUACCUUGGGGCCUGGAAAUCUGAGACUGGUCUCCAAACUCUUGAGUCUUUAGCUCACCUGUCAUGUAGUGACAGGGUGAGCUUUUAUGAUCGCCCGUCGUCCGUCCCUCUGUUCACAAUUUCCUUGUGAACACGAUAGAGACCACAUUUUGUAUUUGAUUUUAAUCAAACUUGCACACAACUUGUAUGGGCAUAAUAUCUUGGUUUCCUUCGAAAACUGGCCAGAUCCCAUCAUGGGUUCCAGAGUUAUGACCCCUUUAAGGGCCAAAAUUUGCCAUUUUUGGCUUGUUUACAUGAUAAGACCACAUAUUGCAAUCAACUUUAAUAAAACUUGCACACAACUUGUAUUGGCAUCAUAUCUUGGUUGCUUUUGAAAACUGGCCAGACCCCAUCAUGGGUUCCAGAGUUAUGGCCCCUUAAAAGGCCAAAAUUUGCUAUUUUUGGCUUGUGAACACGAUAGAGAUAACAUUUUGCAAUCAACUUUAAUCAAACUUGCACACAACUUGUAUUGACAUAAUAUCUCGGUUCCUUUUGAAUACUGGCCAGAUCCCAUCAUGGGUUUCAGAGUUAUGGCCCCUUAAAGGGCCAAAAUUUGCUAUUUUUGGCUUGUGAACACGAUAGAGACAUUUUGCAAUCAACUUUAAUCAAACUUGCACACAACUUGUGUUGACAUAAUAUUUCGGUUCCUUUCGAAAACUGGCCAGAUCCGAUCAUGGGUUCCAGAGUUAUGGCCCCUUAAAGGUCCAAAAUUUGCUAUUUUAGUUUUUGCAGCCAUAUAGAGACUUCAUUUAUGGUUUGAUUUGAUACAGACUUGCAAAAUAUCUUCAACAACAAUAAAUCUUGGAUUCCAUGAUGAAUCUGUCAGAACCAAUCAUAGGUUCUGGAGUUAUUUUAUAUCUGAUUACCUCCCCUGAUUUUAAUCAAAAUGGAUUUAUAUCAGUAAGUACUUAUAGGACUCAUUUGAAAUUUCAUUAUUGUCAUUAGUUGGACUGAGACAAUCAGGGUAGAUAACUAUGGACUGAUUUUAUAUCAAAUUACCUCCCUUUAUUUCAAAGAUACUGAUUUGAAAUGUCAUUUAUGCCAUCAGAUGGACUUGGACAACCAGGGUAGAUAACCUUUGACUGAAUUUAUGACAAAUUACCUCCCUUUAUUUUAUGUAAAUGAAUAUACCUCAGCAGCAUCUAAUGAGAUUGGUUUUAAAUGUUGUUUAAGUCUGCCAGGAUAAGGUCUGUCUGACACUAGUCAUGCUAGUACAAAAAUGCAGCAUUUGAGCCUAGGACCCUCAAACUUGGUUUGGAGAUUGACCCUGACUAGUAUGUGACCCGUAGGUCAAAAGAGACUGUUACAAGAAAAUAUUUAUCCUGAUGAUAUUAAAUGUGUAUGCCUAUGUGAUCUUUGUCAAAACUUGAUCUUAUCAUUAAGAGCAAUGGUACUCAGGUGAGCGAUAUAGGGCCAUCAUGGCCCUCUUGUUUUUUUUGCCCUGGGUUUCUGAGAUAAUACAAAAAAAUAUAACAUAUACAUUGCUGUGCAGCAGUUCAAAACCUAUGAGAAACUUCGUAAAACCAGUUGUUUGUAUGAUUGAUAUAUUUAGAUGAUGUGUAUGUUUGAAAAUCUCUUGUUUAUUGAUACCUGCAUUUUUAUUAUGUCAGUAUAUUACUAGCUGUUAGAUUUUCUAUGAAGAUGUUUUUAAUUCUGCAUAAAAAAAUCUGUGAAAAAAAAGUUGUGAAAUUAAGACAUGGUUAACACCAGAUAACACUUGGUAUGAUAUCUAUGUAUAUCUCUCUGUCAGUACAUAAAUAAAUAAUUUCUAUGUCAUUUUUUCAUGAUUUAAACAUUUUAUUGUUUUAUUGUGCUAUUCAGAUGUUGUUAAUGCAGAUCUUAUUUGAUACAAGUAAAAAUAUGAAAAUGGUG